AAGCCAAUAUUUAUUAUUGUAGAUCCAGAUUUUCAAUGGUGGUGUAUGAACGUAAGAUUUACAUCAUAUCUGGAAGAUAUGCAGAAGAAGGAGUGGAAGGUGUUCGCACAACAACUAUAGCACAUGAUGUUGAUACACAAAGUAAGAAUAUUGUGCAAUAUGCAGGAGCUUACCCGUCAGCAGAUUCUGUUUCUUUGUUUGAGCAUUGUGCAGUUCUAGAUGAAAAUUAUCCAGGCCACCCUGCUAUUCUUGUUCUAGGUGGUUAUGCUAAAAAUUUGGGAAAACUUAUGAAAACAGUAAAUGUGUUUAACCUGAACAUGCACUACUGGGAGCAGCACAUCAAUGAAAUGCCUGCAGAACGAUCUGCCUUUGGAUGUACUAUAAUUAGAAGAGCCAAGGAUGAUAAAAGAAUGCUUGUUAUAUCUGGAGGUCAUGGGGGUGGGGUUACUGACUUCUCCUACUGGACCUUCAUGGACACCAACAAAUACUCUUGGAAUAUAUUGGUAUCUGACUCGGCAGCUGUUUCAUAU